AUGAACUCACUUUCAAAUAGUAUACUAAAGAACUAUAACUUGUUCUUGUUGGCAGCACCCAAACAAACUAGAAAUAUAAUAUUGAAUAAUCUUCAACCAUCAUCCUCUUCUUUAUCUUUUCAUAAUAAUAAUCAACUAUAUACAUAUUAUUCUUCAUCUUUAACUUGUAAUAAUACAACUUCUACAACUAUUCGUCAAUAUACCUCUUCAACUAAAAAUCAAAACAAUGAUGAAAAGCAACCACUAUCAUCAACAACACACAAUGAUAUCAUUCCAUCAAAACCAAAGACAGCAAUUGUAAUGUUAAAUUUAGGAGGACCACAAAAUUUGGAUGAAGUUGAACCAUUCUUGACGAGAUUGUUUAGUGAUCGAGAUAUUAUUAAAUUGCCGUUUCAAUCGAUUGCUGGCAAGGUGAUUGCUAAACGACGUACACCGGCUGUGAGAAAACUGUACGAAGCGAUUGGAGGAGGUUCGCCGAUUAAAAAAUGGACGACUCUGCAAGGCCGUGCCAUUGAAAAGAUAUUGGACGCGAGGUCGCCAGAGACGGCACCACACAAGACCUACAUUGGCUUUAGAUAUGCUGCGCCGUUGAUCGACCGCGCAUUGGAAGAGAUGAAGAGUGAUGGUGUGACACGUGCCAUCGCAUUCACACAAUACCCACACUAUAGUUGCACGACCACUGGGUCCAGUCUCAACAACCUCUGGAAAACACUCGAACAAAAGGGAUUGGAGAGGCACUUUGAAUGGUCAAUCAUCGAUCGUUGGCCAUUACACGGAGGGUUUGUCAAUGCCAUCACGAGUAAUUUGGAAAAGGCGAUUGAAGCAUUCAACACUCGUGCAAAGGAACUAGGUAUGGCCGACGAGAAGCCUGUGAUUGUGUUUAGUGCGCAUUCGCUGCCCAUGAAGACAGUCGAGCGCGGUGACCCGUACCCAGGCGAGAUUCAGGCGACUGUGCAGGCUGUUAUGGAUCGUUUGGCCGUGAAAGAGGGUCGUCCCACCACAUCAGACAAAUACGCGUCCAUCCUAUGCUGGCAGAGCAAGGUUGGUCCACUACCAUGGCUCGUCCCAAAGACAGUCGACAUUGUCACACAACUGGCCAAAGAAAACAAGAAUUGUAUCGUCGUGCCAGUCGCAUUCACAUCGGAUCACAUCGAGACCCUGUCAGAGAUUGACAUUGAACUGCAACACAGUGCCAAAGAAAACGGUAUGCGUCUCAUGAUCCGUAGCGAGUCACUCAACGACAACCCACUCAUCAUCGACGCCAUGGCCGACAUUGUACAUCAACAUCUCGUCUCGAAACAAUCCAUUUCAAACCCAACCAAAUAUACCUUUAAAUGUCCAGGUUGUAUAGAUCAAUCACAUAAAUAUUGUAGGACUAUUCGUAAUCCAAUUGGAGGAGGAGGACAGCAACCACAGCAACAACAACCACAACAACAACAAACCAUUACCGAAAAUAAAUAA